CAGAUCUUUUUCUUCUUUUGUACGUCUUUUUCCCCUUUCAAAUUCACAAAAAAUGGCCGUCACUUUCUCUAACUUCCACGCUGAGUCUGGCCUUCAAUCCCUUAAUGACUUCCUCUCUGGCAAAUCUUACAUCUCUGGGAAUAAGCUGAGCAAGGAUGACAUAAAAGUUUAUGCUGCUGUUUUGAAGAAUCCUGGUGAUGCGUUUCCCAAUGUUAGCAAGUGGUAUAAUUUUGUUUCAUCGCAACUUGCCACCAGCUUCCCUGGGAAAGCUGUUGGGGUUGGAUUUGGCGGCAUUGCUGCUCCAGCUGAAUCUGCCAAAGCUGAGGCUGCAGAUGAUGAUGACGACUUGGAUCUAUUUGGUGAUGAGACAGAGGAGGAAAAGAAGGCUGCAGAGGAGAGGGAAGCCUCUAAGAAGUCAGCUAAGAAGAAAGAAAGCGGAAAAUCUUCUGUACUUUUGGAUGUGAAACCAUGGGAUGAUGAGACUGACAUGAAGAAGUUGGAAGAAGCUGUUCGAUCUGUUGAGAUGCCUGGGCUUUUGUGGGGAGCAUCUAAGCUGGUUGCUGUUGGUUACGGCAUUAAGAAACUACAGAUCAUGCUUACUAUUGUGGACGAUCUUGUUUCGGUUGAUACCCUUAUAGAGGAGCACCUCACAGUGGAGCCACGCAACGAAUACAUUCAGAGCUGUGACAUCGUUGCAUUCAACAAAAUUUAGACAACACUGUUUUGUCCCACAGCUGUUAAAGAGCCUGUCAUGGAAAUGUUAUAAACCUUUUUGCCUGCUUUCCCCGCCAUAAUAUAUAUUUUUUGCUUGAGCUGUGCUAGAUACUGCUUCUGCUCUAGAUUGAGCAUAGAUGAAAAAGAUUUUGAAUUUUUAACGAUGUUGUAUGCUUUGAUUUAAUUUUUGUCCAAAACAGGUUUAAUGACAUUGCAGAUUGCACGCGCUGUUUAAACUUUACAGAUGGAAAUGGAAGUCAUUCAUCUCUGUUUUGGAUCUUAACUGAAAAGGAUUUUGCUUGGUCGUUAUAUUUCGUCAA